AUGGACACCAAGGAGUUCUCAAAAGAACAAAUUGACCCAGAAGCCUCAAAGACCGAGAUUAUUGAAAGCACAUCUGCACCUGAGCCAGUAUCGUGGAGUGAUCAGUUCAAAGCAAUUUACAAACACAGACGGGCACUCUUAGCAGCCUUUGGAUGCUCCACUACUCCCAUUCUAAUCGGAUACGAUCUCACGUUAAUCGGCUCCAUCAUUGCCAAUUCUGAAUUCGUCGAGAAAUUCGGAGUUUACGAUGCCGGCACUGCCUCCUGGACGUUACCUGCCAACCGUCAACUUGCCUGGACUCUCGUUCAGUAUGUGUCUGCCAUGGCAGCGGCAAUUGCCUCUGGUUAUCUGAACGACACUUUUGGUCGGCGCAUAUGCUUUUUCAUCACUAUUUUACUAGCUGUGAGCGGUACCUUUGUAGAGCUAUUCUCACCAAACUGGAAAGUCUGGAUUCUAGCAAAACUUCUCAUGGGCGCCACCAUGGGCUCUAUGCAGGGCAACACACAGACCUACGUUUCUGAGAUUACUCCAGUGGCCGUGAGAGGCUUUGCUCUCUCACUAUUCCAAUUCUGGAUUAUCCUUGGCCAGCUCAUUGCUUCCUGUGUUCUUCAAGGAACAAGUAAGGUUGCCAAUACUUGGUCUUGGAAAGGCGCAGUGGUAUCACAGUUUGGCCCUGCUCUCUUCUGUGUCGUGAUGUACAUCCCAUUUGUCCCGGAAUCGCCUUACUUCUUAAUCGCCAAAGACCGGAUAGAAGAUGCCAGAAACGCGAUAUCAAAACUUCGGGCUGGCGAAGAAGAUUUCAACGUCGACGAUGAAGUUACAGUAUUAGUGGAGACUCUACAGCACGAAAGGCAGGCCAAGCAAAGCUCGCCAUCAUUUAUUGAGUGCUUUCAGAAGACAGACCUGCGCCGAACUCUGCUCGCUUGUCUACCAGUUGUCAUGCAGAUCUUCAUGGGUUAUCCUCUGUGUGGUAACUACCUAGCAUACUUCCUGAAAUUGGCCGGAGUUGACGAUGCAUUCCUCGUCACGGUCAUCUCUGUUGUUUGCUCUUUGGUAGCAGCCUUCGCAGCCUUCAUCUUUAUCGAAAAAGUCGGACGCCGACCGCAGCUUCUAGUCGGCAUUGGUGGAAUGCUCCCAUCUCUGUUGAUUGUCGGGCUUCUUGGAUUCUUCGGUACUGGAGAAGAAUGGAAUUACCGCGCUCUUUCGGCCUUCUGCAUUAUCUGGGCCGUAUUCUACUACGCCUCUGUUGGGGCUGUAGGCUGGGCUAUUGUCGGAGAAAUCUCUUCUUCGCGCCUGCGCGCUAAGACGACUUCCAUUGCUGCACUUUCCAGCUCUCUGUUCAAUAUGGUCUGGUCUAUUGCUAUUCCUUAUAUGGUCAAUCAAGAGAACGCAGAUCUUGGGGCUAAGACCGGCUUGAUAUUCUUUGGGUUCGGAAUCAUUUUUAGUGGAGCUGUGUUUUUCUGUAUGCCGGAGACAAAGGGCAGGUCCUACUUUCAACUUGAUGCUAUGUUUGAAGCCCGAGUUUCGGCUAGGAAGUUUUAA